CGUCAACAACCACAGCAGUGAGAAAUAGUAACCUACACUCGUUGGCAGUGCUUUAUAGUCAUGUUAUGGCCUGCAAUUGUAUUGUUUAUCGCAGUGAUUUUAAUCUACAAACGGCGUUUCAGACUUAACAAAGAACCACCUUUAGACAAAGGUUAUAUUCCUUGGCUUGGACAUGCCCUUGAAUUUGGAAGAGAUGCAGCCAAGUUCCUGAAUCGGAUGAAGAAGAAGCAUGGCGAUAUUUUCACGGUCCGUGUUGCUGGACUUUACGUGACUGUGCUUCUGGACCCCAACGCUUAUGACGCUUUGCUGUCUGACACAAAGGCUCUUGACUUCAAACGCUAUGCCCAGGUGCUUAUGCGGAGGAUGUUCAGUCUGAACUUGCCCAAUCAUGACCCAGCGUCCGAGAGGUCUUGGAUGAAACAGCACUUUCAGGGCCCAGGUCUGGUGCAGCUGUGUGAGUCCAUGCAGAACAACCUCCAGCUGUUACUCAACUCCACGGAUGUGGCACAGAACCCUCUGCAGUGGAGACAGGAUGGGCUCUUCAGCUUCUGCUACAGCCUGCUCUUCAGAGCCGGUUAUCUCACCCUUUUUGAAGUCGAUAAGAAUGACAUCACACAACUUAGCACAGUUUAUGAAGAAUUUCGCAAGUUUGAUGGGCUCCUUGCCAAACUUGCUCGUUCUACUGCAAAGAAAGGGGAGCGGCGCGUGGCUAGUGGAGCGCAGGAGCGUCUGUGGGAGCUGCUGAGUGCCUGCUGGCUGGGCGAGAGAGCUGGAGCACAGGGGAACACCUGGCAGCAGAGCUACCUGCAGCACCUGCAGAGCGAGAGGGUAGAGGAAGAGAGCCAAAGGAGAGCCAUGCUGCUGCAGCUGUGGGUCACACAGGGCAACGCAGGCCCAGCUGCCUUCUGGCUGUUAGGUUUCCUGCUGACACACCCUGAGGCAAUGCUCGCUGUGAGGGCAGAGAUCAGAAGUCUUCAGCUACAGCGCCACCCACUGGCCAGCCUACAGAACUGUACUCCAGUUUUGGACAGCGUCCUCAGUGAGACACUGCGUCUCAGAGCUGCGGCUCUCAUCACUCGGGAGGUAAUCCAGGACAAGUUGCUACCGAUGAGCGGCGGCCGGGAGUACAUGCUCCGCCACGGGGACCGAGUCUGCCUCUUCCCCUUCCUCAGCCCUCAGAUGGACCCACAGAUUCACAGCGAACCAGAGGAAUUUAAGUACAACCGCUUCCUGAAUGCCGAUGGGACAGAGAGGACAGACUUCUUCAAGGGAGGGGUGAGGAUGAAAUACUACAACAUGCCCUGGGGGGUUGGCGGUAACAUGUGUGUUGGCAGACACUUCGCCGUCAGUGGCAUAAAACAGUUUGUGUUCAUGGUUCUCACAUGCCUGGACUUGGAGUUGUGUGACCAGCGAUCCACCAUGCCCCCUGUGAACCCCAGUCGCUACGGCUUCGGAAUGCUUCAGCCAAUCGGUGACCUUGAGAUCAGAUAUCGACUGAAGCCAGCCAGCUGCUCCCUGUAGCGCAGUCGCCAAUAAUGAGAAGACUAUAAUUGUGUUAUUUAUUUAUUUUUACAUUUGCUUAUUUAUA